UAUGACCUUGUUGGGAAUUAGUUCUCAAGAUGAGGCAAGAUUUAUAAGCUAUGCUGUAAUUUCAAAAACUGCUGGUAUGGAUGUUCCAGAUGAAAAAUCACUAUCGCAAUCUCUAAAAGUCCCUUUGGGUGUGAAAGAUGCAAAGGAUACCUUAAAUACAGAUAAUGUACCUUUAAAUGUAAUUGGUAUGUGGAUGAUAUAUCCUCAAGGAUGCAAAAUAAGUACAGUUUUUGAACCGGCAUUUAGCUGGAAUAAAGAAAAAUGUAUGUACCUAUCAGCUUAUGAAAAUAUGAUUUAUUACGGUUUUAAAGCAAUUAAAUGCUCUAAAUUAUUAUUCACUAAUGUUAUUUGCGAAUAUAGAAAGGGUUUUCAAGGCGUAGAACUUGUCGGAAAUUUGAUUCAUAAUAAUAUAAUAAAUACAAAGAACGAUUCUAAGUUCUCAUUCAAAUGUGAAAUUGAUGAAUUUUUUAUAAAUGUUAAAUACAAAUGCGACGGUCAGAACGAUUGUUUUGAUGGUUCUGAUGAAAGUAAUUGUCCCGUUAUACAUUAUUAUAAUUGCGAUAAUGAUACAAAAAGGAUUACGGUUGGUCAAAUUUGCGAUAACAUAAGAGAUUGUAAAGAUAAUUUUGAUGAGAAAAAUUGUUUAGAAAAAGAAGAUUGUAAUCUUCAGAUAAACUAUAAAUGCAAGAACAAUGAAUGUGUGUCAAGAUCAAGUGUAUGCGAUAAAAUUAGAGACUGUAUGGAUAAUUCAGAUGAGGAAAACUGUUAUCAACCUUACUAUGAGAAUAUAUUUGCUCGAGAUUAUAUUUAUUGCAAUGACGGAAAAUACCAUGAAAUUGAGGCCACUUGUGACAAAAGAUACGAUUGCGAAGAUAGAAGUGACGAAGAUCUUAGACAUUGCACAAGUUAG